GGAGGAAGGGGCAGACGUCACGGCGUACUGGUGGGGGGAGUGGACCAAGUGGACGGCGUGCACCAGGACCUGCGGGGGAGGCGUCAAGUCCCAGGAGAGGCACUGCCUGCGGCAGAGGUACGGCACCCCCCUGCCAGGCUGCGGGCAGCUCCAGCUUGCUGGAGGUAGACUUGGUCCGGAAGGUCAUCGCUCAGUAGAUGAGCACUGGUGAAAAAGGUGUUGUCUGGCAAACCCUGCUUGUGCAGAAGGUAAGUAUGUCCCUGAGCGUGCUGCCGUGAGGAUGCUGUGCCUGGAGGACCAGCCAAGCUAUUCCUCUGCUGGCCCUGAGGUGCCUCCUGUGGGGAUUAGUGCAGGUGGGCCAGCAGACAUUGUGUAAGCCCCUUCUCCAGGCUUCUGGGCACAGCAGCGAGGACACUGUGGGGCAGGGUUGGUUGGGGACCCGCUGAUCCUGCUGCUCUGUGCGUGGCUCUGCCUUCUCCAGGCUGUGUGGUUGCCAGAAGGCACCUUGUAAACCUUGUCCCCAUGGUACCUCCUGGGAUGCUGUAAUAAGAGUAGUUGAUGCUGCAGAUAAUAAAGCCAGAGAGACCUUUGCUAUCAGCUCCAGUGGGGCUGUGACAGAUCUCUGUGUGGUUCUGCUGCAUGGAGGCUGAUCUUACAGAAGCAAGGGACAAAUAUAUUUAAAAAAAGGGAAAAGAAGGCUUUCUGACCCCUGUCUAACCAUCAUUUCUUUAUUCAGAAGAAAGUCAGUGAGUGGGCUGGCUAAUAAAACUUGCACUGGAACAUCCAAAAGAUACCAGCUCUGCAAAGUACAAGUAAGGAUAUCCUUUUUCUCAUCAGGAACACUCGAUUUAAAAUGUGGAAAGUCAUGCUUGCUUCCUGCAAUGGCAUUUCUGGGCCUCUUGGAGAGGGGACACCAUUUGUCCUGUAGCUGUCACCCUGUUGCCCCUCCAAGAAACAGGAGUUCCCUCCUUUGGUGCCCAUCACCAUUGUGUUGGGGCUUUGGGCCUUUUGCCUGCACUGGGGGCUAUAAAACCCAGUGGGUGGUUCUUGCACCAUCUCCCUGGGAGGGGUUUCCCCUGGCUGUCCCUGCGGUGGGAGGAGGAGGAGGAUGUGGCUCUGGAUGGGGCAGGCGAUGGAAACGCUCCUUGCAGCCGGUCGAGAUGUGCCAGAAACCUUUCCCACAUUUUGUUUUCAUCAGGAUAUUAAUGUAUCCCAUUCUAGGAGUGCCCUGCGAACGGAAGGAGCUUUCGAGAGGAGCAGUGUUCAUCAUUUAACUCCCAUGUGUAUAACGGCAGAACAUAUCAAUGGAAACCUUUAUAUCCUGAUGACUAUGUUCACAUUUCUAGCAAGCCCUGUGACCUCCAUUGCACCACUGUGGAUGGUCAGAGACAGUUAAUGGUUCAGGCUCGGGAUGGAACAUCCUGCAAAUACACUGAUUUCCGAGGGGUUUGCGUGUCUGGAAAAUCCGAUUGGGUGCGAUGGCAUUCUCUUCUCCACCCACACCUUGGAUAAAUGUGGAGUUUGCCAAGGAGAUGGGAGCAGCUGUACUCACGUGACCGGCAGCUACCGGAAAGGAAAUUCUCAUCUUGGCUAUUCUCUGGUAACUCACAUUCCUGCUGGAGCGAGGGAUAUCCAGAUAGUGGAACGGAAAAAAUCUGCAGAUGUUCUGGCUGUGGCUGAUGAAGCUGGCUACUACUUCUUCAAUGGGAACUACAAAGUUGACAGCCCAAAGAACUUCAACAUUGCAGGCACGGUGUUCAAGUACCGCAGGCCCAUGGAUGUUUAUGAGACCGGCAUAGAGUACAUUGUCGCACAAGGACCGACAAAUCAAGGGUUGAAUAUAAUGGUCUGGAAUCAAAAUGGCAAGAAUCCAUCCAUCACAUUUGAGUACAUCCUCCUGAGGAAGCCACACUCAAAUCUGCAGCCCAUCUACUACACCUUCUCCGAGUCAGAGAGCGAAGAAAGCCGAGAGUUCGAUGGAGACGUGCCAUUGGGUUUUAUCCAGCACAAUGCAACCUAUUUUGGGAAAAUCUCCAGGGAAAGGAUAGACUUGGAGAACCAGGUGUUUGGAAGGCAGGACACGGAGGAAGAUUUAAACUUGAGCAAAGGUCAGGAAACCAAUGAGGUCUAUGAAAGAGCAGAAACAAUUGACUGUGAGCCAAAACUGAAGGGCAAACAACCCCAAGAUUCAAACGUAACCAGGUCUACUUACCAGACAGACCGUGACGACAGAGACUUUGACCCCAGGUUCACCUCCAGGGAAUUCCUUUCGGAGAACGCCAUCACAGACAAGCUGCUGGACAAGACCUCGGACUCCAAGGAGUUGAUGCUCAACAUGACCAUGAACAGCAUCUUUGCCCAGGGAGACCCAAUCAACUCUGUGGGGUCACACAUUGACAGUCUCUAUGUUGACUACGAGGACACUGAUGGCGUUGUGACCUACACCAUUAAUAGCACCUACAUGGAGCUGAGCAAUGGCAAAGCCAUCAACACAUCUGCGGAGACGCCAUUUUCAAAUGCCACUGUCACCAUGACCAGCCCUCAAGGGAACAGAACCCACAAAGCAAGAAACAGAUUGAAGUUGUUAAGAAAGGGCCAAGGUGUGAGUGCUGCUGACAUGUACAGGUGGAAGCUUUCCUCCCAUGAACCCUGCAGCUCUACAUGUACCACAGGAGUGAUGUCCACGUAUGCUAUGUGUGUUCGCUAUGAUGGGAUCGAAGUGGAUGAUACGUACUGUGAUGCCAUGACCCGUCCCGAGCCCGUCCAUGAGUUCUGUGCUGGGAGAGAGUGCCAGCCAAGGUGGGAGACGAGCAGCUGGAGCGAGUGCUCCCGCACGUGUGGGGAGGGCUACCAGUUCCGCAUCGUCCGCUGCUGGAAGAUGAUCUCGCCGGGGUUUGACAGCUCCGUCUACAGCGACCUUUGUGAGUCUGCUGACAUCACCCGGCCGGAUGAGCGCAAGGUCUGCAAGAACCCAGCCUGUGGCCCCCAGUGGGAGAUGUCGGAGUGGUCCGAGUGCUCAGCCCGGUGUGGAGAGCGGAGCGUGGUGACACGGGACAUCCGCUGCUCGGAGGAGGAGAAGCUCUGUGAUGCCAGCGCCCGGCCCCUGGCUGAGAAGAACUGCACGGGACCACCCUGCGACCGGCAAUGGACCGUCUCCGACUGGGGACCGUGCAGCGGUGGCUGCGGGCAGGGCAGGAUGAUCCGGCACGUGUACUGCAAAACCAGCGACGGGCGGGUGGUGCCGGAGUCGCAGUGCAACCUGGAGACGAAGCCACUGGCCAUCCAUCCCUGCGGGGACAAGAACUGCCCCUCACAUUGGCUGGCGCAGGACUGGGAGCGGUGUAACACCACGUGUGGCCGGGGUGUGAAGAAGAGGAUCGUGCUCUGCCUGGAGAUCGUCAACGGGAAGAUCAAGACCCGCAGCCCCUCCGACUGCGACGUCGCCAAGAAGCCCGUGGAGGAGACCACGUGCUUCGAGAGGCCGUGCUUCAAGUGGUACACCACCCCCUGGUCAGAGUGCACCAAAACCUGCGGCAUCGGCGUGAGGAUGCGGGACGUGAAGUGCUACCAAGGGAAGGACAUCGUCCGGGGCUGCGACCCGCUGGUGAAGCCGGUGGGCAAACAGACCUGUGACCUCCAGCCCUGCCCCACAGAGCCCCCAGACGACAGCUGCCAGGACCAGGCAGGAACCAACUGUGCUUUGGCCAUCAAAGUCAACCUGUGCAGCCACUGGUACUACAGCAAAGCCUGCUGCCGCUCCUGCCGCGCACCCCACUCCUAGUGCCCGGCAGCACCCCUGGGCUGCUCCUCCCUUAGCAAGGGCUCCCUCUGCCAUUUAGUAAACGCUACACAUCCCACAGACUGGUGUCAAGGAGGCUUUGGGGUUGGUUUUGGUUUUUUUUUUUUCCCUUCCCACCAAUGCAGAACUCCUCUCUGGGUAGAGAAGGAACGGUGCCGGCACGGCUCGGCUUCACCGCUGUACAUUGGUAGCCCUCGUUAUCAGAGCUGUACAUAAAGUCGUGUAUAUUUGAUUUCCCCUGAACUGCAGACACCGUGUUUCACAAGGUCUGGUCCUUUUUUUUUUUUUUGGGUUUCUCUCCUCUCUGCACGUUUGGGGUUGGCGAUGGGAAGGCGUGAAGUGGAAGUUUCCCUUCGCAGAGCAGGGGGUUCAGUGCCUCUCUCCUCAUUUAUCCCCCAGACCUCUCGUUAGCUGGCAUUUAAUGUGGUGGGAACCUGAUUUUUUGUUUGCUAAAUGAACUCAAGCCCAAGCCCUUCUUUUGUAAUAUGUAGGUGUAUACUUUUUCAGAGAAUUUUAUCUUAUAAUCAAACGUUAGUUCCAUAGUCCUUACAACCCCCCCGUAAUGCUGACAUAUUGUAUAUAAUAUGGAAACAUAACUGCACUUUAUAUCACAAAAAAGACGUGCUCUUUUUUAAUAUAUUUGUUUACAGACAGUGAACUUUAUCCAUAUAAUCAUUAAUUUGUACUCAUAUGUAUAUUUUAAUAAAGUUGUCAUAUUUAUGGUGGUA